CAGGGGAUGAGUUUUUGUUCUCGUUAGGGGCUGCGGUAAGGGACUAGGUACGGUGUUCACUGUUUUCAGCAUUAAACCAGUUGCGAGAUUAUAAUUUUUUGUCUGAGAGCGCACCCAGGAAUUUGUUUGAGUAGUUGCAAAACUACCAAUCAAUGAGCAAAUAAACAUGUUAUACGAAAUGACGAGCUGCCAGAAAUAAGAAGCCACAAAUAACCAACAUAAACAGCUUUAUUUAACGUUAGUGGAAAAUUGUUGGGAUUUACAUAUUUUAAAGGAAUUCAUAUUCAAACAAGAGCGAAAAAUAAAAAAGGAUAAGCACGCAAAUGCCAAAAGUGAAAAAUAAGUGUGUCCAGGGAUGUGGCGGAGGACACCGAGUUUUCAACUUCCCAAUACAGGAGAAAGACGCCGCCAGACACGCAAUUUGGCGUGAUCGCUUGGGUGUAGGCGAGACGCAUGCUAAAUACUUGUACGCCUGUGAACGCCAUUUCUCCAAAAGUAUGAGGUUAUCAAAGAAGUUGUUGGCAGACGCUGUUCCAGACCAAAACAUAACAGUGACCAUCGAAUUAGGAACUGAACAUUUUACGCCACAAGCGGCAGAAGAACCCAUGGAUUCAUGUGGUGAAAGUGGCGAAUUAUGUUUGCAUGAAUCCAUCUCAGAUUCGAAUCAAAAUUUAAAUUUAGCGUUUGUUGAAGCUAGAAACCAAGACCUGUUUAGCGAAAAUUCUAAAUUAAAGUCGCUUUUAGAAGAAAAAUGCAGAUAUAUUUGUUUUUUAAAAAAUCAGUUGUCCGAAGUUUUAACAAAGCUAAAAAAUGUAGAAAAAGAACUAUCUGAUAGAGAAAGCGGGUUUACACAAAGCGAGCGUUUAGGUAGAAAUAUUCCUCAUUCAAAAAACUUAAAGUAGACGAACUGUCUGGUUUGGGUUGAUUAAAAUUUAUUUAAGUCACGCGUUGGUACCCAAUCCUUACCAUGGUGAAGAGAUGGAGGAACGCAUUACAUUUGAAUUUUAUAUCACCCAACAGAGGCGGCAGGUUGACAGGUGUAACAUAAUAGUGCCUUCAAAAAUACUUUUUUAUUAUGUAAAUAAGCUAGAGAUAAUUUGUAAAGCAGAAUUUGCUUCAAACUUUCAUAUAAUAGAGUAAGUUAGAUUUUAUACGAAAAAAUGACAAAUGUUAUGUUGUAGUAACUGCGUCGAAAUUAAAUUCAAUUAAAACUAAAUGAAAUAAAUAAAAAUCCAAAAGUUUUCAGAA